UUUGAUUCAUCUAACCGUCCUAUCUUCUGCUAUUUACCAUCUUUCUAAAGCUCAAUUGAUUCUACUUUGCUACUAUCUAUAAAUACACUAUACAUAUCUCAUACUAUACAUUAUCUCACACAAUGGAUACCCCAUCACCAGCACUUUCUCCCUCUUCAAUUGGCUCCCCAAUUGAGAAGAGAAAUAGAUCCAGAUCCAGAAGUAAAAUUGAAUACGAGGAUUUAUUAUCCUUUGAUCUAUACACUUUCUACAACUACAAUUCCGAUAUAUUAAAAUGGACUGCUUAUGAAUUCUCCGAUCCCUUUGCUAUCAACGAAUUCUUUGUUGCCAACACUAAUUCAAAAAUAAUUUGUCGUCCCGACUGCGAAUAUUACCCCAAAGCUGCUCACUUAGAUGAUAUCGAAUUCCUAACGAAUAUCGACCAAUUCAUCAAAAUCAAGUCUUCUAAUACAAACUACAAAAUUUGCUCCAGUUGUAAUCCCAUUUCUUAUAAUUCAAAUUCCGAAUAUAAAAAUUUGGUGCAACUAUGCUCAAAACUUGUCAACCAAGAAAUUAAUUUCGACCCAAUCAAAUUUUUCAACUCCGCUUGGUUUAACAAUUUGCCCUACAAUAAUAAUAAUAAUAAUAAUAACAACAAUUCGAACUCCAGUUCCAACACUAAUAAUAUUAAUGAUAAUGAUAAAAUUAGAAAAGACAACAUUAACUGCAAUCACGUUAAAUUGGUCGAAAUCGCCUGCAGACAUUUAGCUGCUGUCGCCGUCAUUCUAACUAAAAAGGAUAUUGAAGAAGAAUUGCAAAUUUUAUCAAAUAACGAAAAACAAAAGAAAUCAAGACACAUUUUUGCCUCAAUCUCCCCUAAAAAGAGAAGAGGUGGAAUCAUCGGCUUCAAAGAAAUCGCUGCAAAGGCAAAAACUUCUCCAUGGCACUUUCACAGAACUUACAAAAAUGUCACCCAAUUAACCCCAAAGGCUUAUGGUGACAAAUGCAUGACUUUUUUAAGAUUAUAUCUUACAAACCAACAAGCUCCUUUUAACUUUUUUAACCAAUCUAACCACAUUAAAUUAACUACUCCAAUUAAAAAGAAACAUCUUUCCAACAUAAAUAAUAGCAACACCAUUUCUGCCGUUAAUAACAACAUAAUAUCCAAAAAUGAUUAUAAAAUUACUAAAAAACCCUCGAUAACAAAUCACUCAUUAACAAAUCAAAGAAAUCAUUCCACGGCCUCUUUAUCCAGUAGCAUAAGUAGCCCCUUAUCUCAACAUAAUCCCUUAAAAGUUAAUACAACCAAUUCUAAAGACUCUAGAAACAUUUUCUUCUCUUUAAACAACUACAAUAUCCAAAAUGCUUUUGAUUCAAAUACAGAUAUUAAUAACAAUAUCAACCAUGAAUUAAUUAUUCAACCAAACAACACCAUCACCAAUAACAAUAACAAUAACAAUAAUAAUAAUAAUAAUAAUAAUAAUAAUAAUAAUAAUAAUAAUAAUAAUAUUAACACCAAUGUUAGUAUUAAUAACGACUCAUUGGAUAAUUUUUCAAAUUUAUCUUCCUCUUUAGCUUACGCUUCUUCAAUAUCUUCCUCAGUCUCAUCCAUAAGAUCUAAUUCAACUUCAGAUAUAUAUCAAGAUUUGGACUUAAGUUUGAACUUUCCUCUUAAUUUGGAUUCCAACAACAACAUUAUUGAUAUUGAUAUCAGCAAUGUUCUUGAUUUUUCAUCCAUUGGCACUCAAAAUGAUUUCACUAAAUCUCUUUUUACUGAUGAUUUCAAUAAUGAACCCAUUAAUGCUCAAUUAACUGAAAAAUUGGAUGAUUUUUUAAAUUUCGAUGGCUUAAUUUCUGAACAGGAUACUAUUAAUCAUAAAGACUAUAACAAUUACAGUGAUUACACUAACUAUAACAAUUCUUCAUCCUUAUUCAAUAUGGAUAAUUUGGCUGAAUUUAACCCUUUCAAUUUUCAGGUUAACUACGAUAAUCAAUCAAAUAACAAUAUUACUGCUUCUACCGCUACUACUAAUAAUAACAAUAAUACGGUCAAUAAUCAAUUUAAUUCAAUUCCAAAUACUCAAUCAGUGGUCAUUGUAAAUGAUAAUGACUUAACAAGAGAAGUCACAAAGGACUUGAUCAAUCUUUGGAAUGGCAAAGGCAAAAAUAACAGUUUUAAAGCUGAAAAUUUAUUUGAUGAUGAUUUAUAUAAUCAAAUUAUUGCUUCUGGUGGUUAUUAAAUAAGUGAUGAUAAUGAAAUUUUAUUCUUUUUUUUUUUAUUUGUUUGCACUGUUUUCUGGUUCAUAAUUUUCUUCAUAUUCACAACUUUUCUUUAUGGGCUUUAAAAUCAUGAUUUUUUUUUGAAAUUCAUUUUAUGUUUAUUAUAUUUAAAUUGUUGAUAUUCCUCUGUCAGUUCUUUAACAUUUUUAUUUCUAUAUUUUUUAUGUAUUUUAUAU